AUGGCCACAGCCUUUGCGCUGCUCGCAGGGGUCCUGCUGCUCUGCUGGGGCGCGUUCCCGAAGUUUAAUAAGAGGUUCAUGAAGAUGAACGGGGCUGGGUGCUCCCACCACUCUGAGUGCUUCAGCGACUGCUGCCUCAUGGACUUGGACCACGGGGGCACCUUCUGUGCCCCCAAGGCCAGAAGAGCCAUGACAUGCUUGCCCCAGACCAAGGGAGCCACCAACAUCAUAUGCCCCUGCCACUGGGGCUUGACUUGCAUCUCCAAGGACCUGUUCUGUCCCCGCCGGUGCCAGUUGAUUUAGAGGAGGAUGCAGGCUGGUCACUGCCAGCCCUCCCUCCCUCCCUCCCUUGGGGCCAGAGGCCUUGGGCAUCCCCAUCUU